AUGAGAGAACGAGUUACGUAUGUCCAGAAACUGGGCGAUUCUCUGGAGCCCUCGGCCCUCACAGUGGAGGGCGGCACCAUCAAGGGCCCCGAGGUGCACGCCGUCCGUGAGGACAGGCUGACCAUUGCUCUCAAUGAGCUUCCCACAGAGCUGCAGACGCUCGUCGCCGGCGCCCAGGACCUCCACAUCCGAUGGGUUAGCACCACUGCUUAUGAGGCUGUAAGCCCGUUGCUCGCACGCCUGCCACCCGGCUUUCAUUUCUUUUUUACUCCUGGGAAGGACGGAAUUGUCGGGAACAAGCUCUGUCCAUUGUUAGGCAGUAUAUUUGGAAGCGACAUUUGUUUGAGUCCCAAUGAGUCGUUCACAUCCUUGCCCAAGGACACCUUCUCUCACUCAGCCGCGUUCCAGUACUUCCAACAGCUUGAGACCUUGUCACAGUUCAUUCAGUAUGCCAAGGGACGACUAUGCCGCUCAACGGACGCCUCCUGCUCGGCCCGGCUGGACGCCCUCUCCAAAGCCAGCUCACUGGACAUUUCCUAUGACACGGUCCAACACGUCCUUCGUGUGACUGCCCUCUGGCCCUACCAACGCCAACAGGUGCACGUCACAUCUCACCCACAGCUGCGGACCGAAGUGGGCAUCCUCUCCACUGACAAGCCGCAAACACUCGAGCCACACGAGAUCGGCAUCUCGGGCCUCCUGACCGUCCUCGGCCAGGACUUCAAGCCCUCCCCGACAAUGUUCACCUUUGCCUCUCGUCACCGCGACGCCGAGUCCACCUUCUCGGCCCAGUUCCUUACCCCGACAGGGCUGCAUCCAACUCUACGACUCCGGCUCGCCUCCAGCGCACCCCUUAACCUCUCCCAGCACGACGACGACAACAACGACCAAGAUACCACCUGCGUCCCCUACGCCUACCUCACCCUCCCCCGCACAAUCUUUGCCGACAGAUACCAGCUCUCAGACCUGCUCUUCCUCGCCUCCAAGAACCUCACCGCCCUGCGGUACAUGACCCAGCCCGUCGACCUCGAGGCGCCAGAGUAUGUCAUGGCCCAGUGGGGUUCCUCCGUCCUGCUUGAGCUGUCUCCUCCGCCACCUUCCACUUCUUCCCAACCGGAGAAGAAGAACGAAAGGGAGGAAUGGACGGCCGAGAUCCCGCUCCACCUGCGCUACCUCGCCCCCGCGGAAGGGGGCUACUCGGCCAUAUCCGUGCCGUACCCGGCCGUGUUCUGGGCGUGCGUGCCCGAGCAUGGCGGGGUCGAGUUCCCGCCCAAUCCGUUCGAGAAGGUCAAGCUGGGCUAUGACGGCUUGUUUGAGGACGGCACCGUGUUCUGGCAUGUCGAGCCGCGGCCGGUGGGGGGGGGCACGUCGCUGGUGAAUGUGGUGAGGGUUCCGGUGCUGGAUCUGGAGAAGGCGCGGUGGGUGAAUGCGGGGACUGCGGUCGCUGUGCUGGGUGGAUUUGCCUGGGUUGUGUGGAAACUGGUCGGGCUGUAUAUGUACGGGGGUGAUGGUGUGGAGGGUGAAGGGGAGAAGGCGAGAGAGAAGAAGAGGCAGUGA